AUGUGUGUCGUCGUUAUUGUCAUCGUCGUCGCGCUAUAGGAUACUAUAGGAUUCGUGACGAUCCGCCAUGCGGAGGGACCGCCACUCACCUUCCGGUCCUCUUGGAAAAAACGUCGCUGCUGCCUCCUCCAUUUCCUCUUGCGAAGAGUAAACCAAGUUCUUUCCUCCUUCCGCUGAUCUCGCGAAUCAUCUAUCGUCUUCCACUGCACACGCGCGCGUCCUUCACUGCGUUCUCCAGCGUUCUCCAUCUCGUUUACCGGAAGCUACGAGCUAAUAAGCAAUGUUCAGCCUGAGACCACAGAGUGCUACGACGCGACAGGAGAUUGAGAUGAUCAACAAGGCUCAACGGGCCAUAAACAACACCACGGAUUCCAUGGAGAAGUUACGUUUACUUUGCCUGGCUAGGGGCGCCAAUGGCAUUCUUGGUCUGGGUAGGAUAUUCCGUCGUAUGGACGAUGACGGCAACAAGAAACUAAGUCUUGAGGAGUUUAAAACGGGUCUGGAGGAGACCGGAUUGGAACUCUCCGAAGAUGAAAUUAACGAAGUUUUUAAGAAAUUCGAUACUAACGAGGACGGCAACAUCAGCGUUGACGAGUUUCUCGUUGGCAUAAGACCACCAAUGAAUCAAAGCCGCCAAAGUGUAGUAGAUCAAGCGUUCCAGAAAUUAGACAAGACCGGCGAUGGGCGGAUUACCAUCGACGAUCUACGAGGAGUUUACAAUGUGAAGUGUCAUCCGCGUUAUAUCAGCGGUGAGGAAAGCGAAGAGAGUAUCCUGAACAAGUUCCUCUCGAAUUUCGAACACGAAAACAGCGUAGACGGUGUCGUAACGCAAGAAGAAUUUAUGAAUUAUUACAGCGUAAUUAGCGCGAGCAUAGACAACGACGCAUAUUUCGACUUAAUGAUGCGUAACGCUUAUAAGCUAUGAAUCUCGAUCUCUCUAAUUGCAUUUCGCGAGACAACAUGCCGAUCCUACAUCCAUCUACUUUAGGUACUACGAUCGAAUCGACAACUGUAAAAAGUCUUUAUCCUGCUAACCCAAUGCAUAAAUCAAUACCGUUGUCACAUUAUCAUGAAUUAUAGUUUGUCUCGUUAGACACGCACGUA